AUGAAAAACUCAUCCAUUGUGUCAUCAAUUAUAUUGGAAGCUUUUUACAGAAUGGAGGACUUCAAAUACCUAUAUUUUGUGAUCUUUCUCGUGUUAUAUAUGUUUGUACUCUUUGCAAACACCAUUGUGAUUUUUGUCAUAAUUAUCAACAAAGUGCUUCAUAAUCCUAUGAAUUACUUUUUGUGUAACUUGGCUGUGAAUGGCAUCUAUGGUAGCACAGCUUUGCUUCCCCCCUUGCUGGGUACUUUAUUGUCUCCUUCUCAUGAGGUAUCUUUGGCGUGUUGUAAGGCUCAAACCUACUUCCUGCACACUUAUGCUAUCAUAGAGUUCACCAUUCUGUCAGUGAUGUGCUACGAUCGCUAUGUGGCCAUCUGCUACCCGCUGCAGUAUCACGCUAUCAUGACCAUAACAAAAGUGUAUAAACUAAUAGUUUUCUCAUGGGGGUAUCCUUUAGUGGUAUUUGCUUUGUUUUUUAUUCUGACCCUGCGCUUGACAAUCUGUCAAAACCGCCUGGCGAGGAUUUACUGCCUCAACUUUUAUCUGGUCAAAAUGUCUUGUGAGAACACAUAUAUUGAGAGCAUAGUGGGACUGUUUUUUGUUGUUGUCUACACUUUUCCUCAGUUAGCAAUGACCUUCUACUCAUACGGACAUAUUCUUAAAAUAUGCUUUACUGCCACUAAACAGUCUAAAAUAAAAGCACUGAAGACCUGUACUCCACACUUAUUCGCGAUUCUGAACUAUAGUGUGGGAUGUUUUUUUGAGAUUUUACAAAGUCGCUUUGACACAAGUUAUCUUCCCUUUGAAACGCAAAUAUUUAUGUCACUUUAUUUCUUGAUAUUUCCUCCUAUUCUGAAUCCAGCAAUCUAUGGGAUGAGUGUUAAAACAUUAAGAGACAAUAUUUUUAGAUUGUUUGCAUCUAAAAAUAGAAUGUUGCCUUUAAAGUAA